AUGAACCGACGACGACAACAGCUCCUAACUGCACAACCUUCAAUAAAAUCGAUACGUCGUUCUCGAGCUGCCUUAAUUCAAUUAAGAGCUCUUCUUGAUGAUCCUCCCGUGGCCUUACCUACACGUGUACGACGAGCUGAUAAUUCUUCAUCAACUGAGAAAAAAUUAACUAUUGAAGAAGUUGCCAAAAUGCUCAAUACUCAGCCAUUUAUCAUCGAAAGAAUUAUAAAUGCAUUGAAUCGUUUUUCAAAAACUAAUGAAUUUCAAUCAUUAAGUCAAAUUCACGUCCAUAAAAUGACUCGAAUAUUAACCAGCACAAUGGAGGUUCGUUCAUUACUAUUUUUUGCUAUAAUGGAUGAAGAACAAGAUGAUUUCGUCACAACAGAAGGUUUUGUGGAAUUCUUUGAAAGUUAUUUGAAAGGUAUUCGAUCAUUCAAUCAUGCUUUGAUACCGGAAUAUGUGAGAGCACUUGUAAAAAAAUUUCAUCUUCAACACCAAUCUGAAAUCGAUUUCGAUGACUUCUAUUCGAUUGUAUGUCAAGAUCCUACGCUAUUAGAAUCUUUGUGA